AUGCAUUUUCAGGAAGUUGGCUUCCCGUCUUCGGGCGACUCGUCCACUGACUCGGACUCCGACGACGAGAAUACGGUUCCGCGGGAGACGAUCGCCGAGAUUAUCGCUCGGCUCCAGAAGUCGUCGUCACAGCCGAUACCGGACGCCAUAAUGAAGGACACGACGACCAACGCGACGGCCAAUGAGGCCGAUUGGCAGCCCUAUUGUCAGGUGACACUCAAAAACACCAAAGAGGUGGCCGGAUAUAACACCAUCUCCGAGGCCUUCUAUAAGCUGGACUUCUGUAACGCCAUCCGCGAUGUCCGGCGUUUCAAUUAUAUCAGCAAAUUAUUGCAUCUACUCAUCACACAGAACCUGACCUCGCUCAGCGGCUGUGCCACCAAGGUACUCUUCACCAUGCUCGAAGAGUUGGCCUGGCAAGUAUACACUAUAUAUGAAUAA